AUGGAUAAUUUGGAAACUCAACAACCAAAUGCAGUUACUUUAGUAGAACAUGUAAAUAACUCAGAAAACCCGCAAGAACAGACGUCCGAGAUAAACCAAGAAGAGGAAAAACUAAAAAAAGGAACUGGUUUCGACAAUAUCGAAACCACUAUGGGUCUACGUUAUUUGUUUAACGGUUUUCGUUUUUUGGGUGUCUAUAUGCCGGAGAAAAACAAGACCCUAUAUAUUAUAUGGUCUUUAUUUAUCAAUACUUUGGUUACCAUUUAUUUGCCGUUGGCUUUUGCUCUAAGCUUUAUGACAAUGUCCGGUGAGGAAUUAGAAAUUGGUAAUCUUUUAACAUCGGUACAAGUGUUCAUUAAUGUUUUGGGUUGUUCUACUAAAAUUAUUUUAAUGGCUUUCCUAUUACCCAAACUGUUGAGUUGUGAACCUGUAAUAAGAAAAUUGGAUAAACGUUGUCAUACCCAGGAGGAAAAAGAAUCUAUUAAACGUAUUAUUAAACAGGGAAAUCGUUUUGUAGUUUUAUUCUCUAUAUCCUAUUGGUCUUACUCCUCUAGUACGGGUAUAAGUGCUGUUAUAUUUCAUCGUUUACCCUAUAAUAUCUAUAAUCCUUUAAUCGAUUCUAAAGCUUCUAAUUUACAUUAUUUUGCGGCUGUCUUUGUGGAAUUGGCUAUUAUAGAUGUAGCCUGUUUUCAGCAAGUUGUGGAUGAUUCUUAUGCGGUAAUAUAUGUUAGCAUUUUAAGAACUCAUUUGGAUAUUUUACUUAAACGUAUUAAGAAUAUGAAUGAAAAUGCUAAGGUAUCGUUGGAAGAGAAUUUCGAAGAGUUAAAAAUGUGUAUAAUUGAUCAUAAGAAUAUUAUACAUCUUUACAAUAUAGUGGCACCGGUUAUAUCCAUAACUAUAUUUGUACAAUUCACCAUAACUGCCACCAUAUUAGGUACCACCUUAAUUAAUAUCUUAUUAUUUGCCACUAAUUUUGCUUCGAUUGUCGCCUCAUGUUUUUAUGUUUUGGCCGUUGUUGUGGAAAUAUUUCCCUUGUGUUAUUAUGCUCAAUGCUUAAUGGAUGAAAGUAAUCGUUUGUCAGAUGUUAUUUUCCAUUCGAAUUGGGUAGAUCAGGAUAUACGCUAUAGGAAAAUGUUAAUAUUUUUUAUACAUCGUUCGCAGAAGACCGUAGAGUUUACGGCGGGCAAAUUGUUUCCCAUAACAUUAAAUAGUUUUUUGAGUAUUGCCAAAUUUUCCUUUUCAUUGUAUACUUUUAUUAAGGAAAUGGGCAUCAAGGAGAAAUUUAGCAGCAAAUAA